AUGUCAAAUCGAUUAAAUCUUCUUGAAGAUAUGCCAUUACAUGUUCAAAGUUAUCGUCAUGAAACAAUUCAAGAAGGUUCAAUGAAAAUGAAAGAUUCAAAAAAUAGUCAAGAUGUUUAUUGUUAUUUAUUUUCUAAUAUGUUUCUUAUAACAAAAGAUAAUAAACAAAAUAGUUCAACAAAUUCAUUAUUAUCAAUGAUAAAUAAUUAUGGACAAACAUAA